CUCUAUAUCUAUGUUCGAUCUGCUGCCUUACACAGUUGAACAAUCUUUCAGCAGGGGAUACCCCGCCCUAGUUCAUUUAUUCAGUGUGUUCAAUUUUAUGCAAAAAUGAGGUUUUAGCUUUAAGUUUUCAUUCUUGGUUCUAUGAUUUUGAUGUUCAUAUGUUUUUAUUCUGAUUGUGAUGAAUUGGGCUGUCAAUAGUCGAUAGAGACUGCAAGUAGAGAUAUGAUAGUCAUGGAAGCUAAAUAGAAAAAAGUUGAAUGUUUACCAUUGAUUAUGCAAGUAAUUGAUUUUCCAUUAGUUGUUAUUUUGGAGCUUUCUAUUCCCAGUUCUGAGCUACUAAUUUGUCUAAUUUGGUUAAAAUUUUAUGCAAUAAUGAGGCGAACACUAAUUUAUUUUCCUUUUAGCUUUUAGUUUUCGUUUUUGAUUUUGUGAGUAUGAUGUUUAUAAGUACUAUUUAUUUUGAUUCUGAUAAAUUUGGUUGUCAAGGCUAGCUUUGCAUGAUUUCCAGUUAUCAAUAGUCAAUAGACACUGAAAGUAGAUAUCUGAUAUCCGUGGAAGCUAAACAGGAAUAGGGGGAAGUAAUAUCAUUGACUAUGUAAGUCAUGGAUUUUCCUUCAGUUGUUAUGUUGGAGCUCUCUGUUCCCAGUUUCGAGCUGCUAAUUUGGUCAGUUAAUAGUUUUGUCCUCUUCGAUAGUCUCUGUAAAGGGUUAUUGGUUUGAGGUAAAUAAAGAGGAUAGUGAUCAAAGUGUUGAAGAAGUAUGGCUAAACAUCAUCCUGAUUUGAUCAUGUGUCGUAAGCAACCGGGCAUUGCCAUCGGAAGGCUGUGUGAGAAAGAUGAUGGCAAGUGUGUGAUAUGCGACUCCUAUGUUCGCCCUUGCACCCUUGUGAGGAUAUGUGAUGAGUGCAACUAUGGGUCUUUCCAAGGCCGGUGCGUUAUCUGUGGUGGGGUGGGGAUCUCUGAUGCCUACUACUGCAAGGAGUGCACUCAGCUGGAGAAGGACAGGGAUGGGUGCCCCAAGAUAGUGAAUCUGGGUAGUGCUAAAACGGAUCUAUUCUAUGAGCGCAAGAAGUAUGGCUUCAAAAAGAGGUGAUGAUGAUGAUCAUCAUCAUGACAGAUGACUGCUGAUAGUAGUUUCUGAGUUCCUUAGUUAUUGUGAACUCAUUUAUGUUUGAAUCAUUUUAAAUGUCAGUGAAUUUCUGCUGGGGGAUGGCAUUUUGAUAAUGCUAACUUGCACCCAUGCAAUUACUACUGAUAAUCUAUCUACUUGCUUUUGUCGUUGAAAAAUGUAUGAAAUUUGAAGUGAUAAACUAGUAUUUCUCGAUUUCCUCUUCGUUA